AUGGGCCGCCGAUACCUCCGACCCACAGCACAACAACUGUCAACCCCACAACUACCACCCCCACCCCACAGCACAACAACUGUCAACCCCACAACUACCACCCCCGCCCCUGGGCCACCGAUACCCCCCACCCCACAGCACAGAGAACUGUCACCACGUCCAUCAUUCCUGUCCGAUGGGCCGCCGAUACCUCCGACCCACAGCACAAAAACUGUCAACCCCACAACUACCACCCCCACCCCACAGCACAACAACUGUCAACCCCACAACUACCCCCCCUCCCCCCCCCCCCCCCUGGGCCACCGAUACCCCCACCCCACAGCACAACAACUGUCAACCCCACAACUACAACCCCCGCCCCUGGGCCACCGAUACCCCCACCCCACAGCACAGAGAACUGUCAACCCCACACCUUCCAUCCCGAUCCCAUUGGCCACCGAUACCCCCAACCCCGUCCCUCCCACUCCCCAUACCAAGGACCCCUCACUCCCACGACCACACUAA